AAACCUAUAGUGAUAUUAUUAUGUUUAUGAUUAGAACUAGACUGGUUCGUUACAACAAAUAAACCUGGAUUAAUCUAAGUCUGUAUAAACUAUUCCAAAUAAGCAUUUGUGGAAAUUAUACCCUGUUUUUAUAUAUUUAUAUAUAUAAUAACUAGAAAAGAUUUUUUAUUCGUAAUUCGUAUAAUUUCAAAGAACUAUACAAAAAAACUAGAAAAUAAUAAUCAGUGAUAUAUGCUCUUAUGUUUUUGUGGUCUUUAGAGACAGGUUAACUUCAUAAUUAAUUGUAAUUGUCUUGUUUACGGGAAGAAUGUUUGGUAACAAACGUAAAGUGUUGAAUAGUUACUUUUGAAUAUAUGAAAUGGAUAAUAAUAUGGAAGACAAUGACCAAAUCGUGAAUUCGACGGAAAAUGAAUUAUGUAUAAAACAGGAGAACAGCUUCAAGGAAGAAAUCGAUAUUUUCAACGAGAAUGUGGAGAAAGAUUCUGAUGAAAAACCAAUUCCACAUACAUCAUGUGUUUUAAUGGAAAAUAAACAAAAUAUCAAAGAAGAUUUGGAUAAAAAACCAAUCUUACCUGUAUUGGGUGCUUUAAUAGAAAAUACGCAUAGUUUUAAACAAGAGGAAAAUGAUGAUUUAAUUACCGAUUUCUUGAAUGAGUAUAAUGUUCAAUAUAAAAUAGAUUGCAAUUACUUUGAUCAACAGUAUGGAAGAAAUGAAAACAAAUGGAAAUAUAGGAGGCCUAUUAAAUUUAGAGGGAAAUUAUUCGAUGGUAAAUAUUCGGGUGAACAUGGGAUUUUCGUUUGUCAAGUAUGUGGAAAAAUGUGCGUGAAAAAAGAAGAAUAUCUUCUACAUACUUCAACGGAACAUUUUUUGAAAAAUAAAAAUAGAGACGUCGAUAAAACGCAAUUGAAAUCGAUUAAAAAAGAAAUCGAUUUUGAUAACGACCCAAUCGAAUUGAAUAUUUCCUCGAAACCUUCCAACUUGAGUACACACAUGAUCGAAACACCUUUCAAAUGUGACAUUUGUUCAAAAUCUUAUCCAUACAGAGGAUCGUUGAUCUAUCAUUUACGUACACACACGGACGAAAGGCCGUUCAAAUGUGACGUUUGUUCGGUAACCUUCAAAGCGAAAUAUUCCCUAAACAAACAUUCGCAGAUCCACACCGGGUUAAAACCGUUUAAAUGUGACAUUUGUUCGAAAUCUUUCGCCCACAAGCAAUUAUUCAAUGGCCACUUGCGCAGACAUACCAGGAUAAAAUCUUUCGAAUGUGAUUACUGUUCAAAAUCCUUUGCGCAAAAAGUGUCGUUGGCAAAUCAUUUACUUUCCCACACGGGGGAAAAACCGUUUAAAUGCGAUAUUUGUUCGAAAUCCUUCCCUUCUAAUAACACUCUACAAAAACAUAAGAAAUGUCACACGGACGAAAGACCGUUCAAAUGUGACGUUUGUUCGACAACAUUCAAAUUUAAAUCGUCCCUGAAUAAGCAUUCGCGUAUUCACACUGGUAAAAAACCGUUUAAUUGCGAAAUUUGUUCAAAAUCCUUCGCAUACAAGGAAUCGUUGGUAUACCAUUUACGUACACACACAGGAGAGAGACCUUUCGAAUGUGACAUCUGUUCGAAAGCCUUUCCUUCCAACAAAACUUUACAGAAACAUAAGACGUGUCACACGGACGAAAGAUCGUUCAAAUGUGACGUUUGUUCGAAAACGUUCAAGUUAAAAUCGUCCCUCAACUCCCAUUCGCAGCUCCAUACCGGCGAACAAACUUUCGAUUGUAAAAUUUGUUCCGAGUCAUUUAACGACAAAAAAAAUUUGAAAGCGCACGUCGGUGGCCAUGCGGCAGAAAAACCGUUCAAGUGUGACAAAUGUCCAAAGUCGUUUUUAUGCAAAACCCAUUUGAAAUCGCAUACGCGUCUCCAUACAAGGGAAAAUUUGUACGAAUGCGAUAUUUGUUCAAAAUCGUAUGCGUAUAAGGAAUCCUUAAUAUAUCAUUUACGCACACACGAGAACAGACCUUUCAAAUGUGAAAUUUGUCCGGAAUCUUUUAGAACGAUGUCUAACCUAAACAGUCAUUUGGUUUCGCAUAGCGAAAACAAAACAUUUAAAUGCGACAUUUGCCUGCAAGAUUUUUCAAAGAAACGCUCCCCGAGUAGCUAUUUGCGCUUCCACAUCUGUGGAAAAACUUAUUAAACGUGUCACCAGGUAUAUUAAGUUCCGGGAAACUGUCGAAAGACUCAAAUCCGAACGAGGGUUGUUAAACCGCUCGAUGAGACGUAAUAACGUCGAAACUAGUCAGUAGUUACACCCUCUCCUUGCAUUGGCGUGUUGAUAUCGAGCUUAACUAGGCUUUUUACACCUACAACUUGUAUUACCUUAUUCCCUUAUACUUUUCCAACCCAUCCAAAUAUGGGCGCUAGUGUUAAGUUCGAGAAUGGCGAAGAGGUAACCCAAUAAAAACUUUUCGAUAACUACUUACACAUAUACACACAUACCAUCAAAGCAUAUGCACAAAACUAAACAUUAAUCGCGCGCGCCUAUUCUCUAGGAGCAGCGUAGCUCCGUUAGAAGAGGCGUUCGAUAUCUGCUCGUUCCGAAUAACCUUGACACUUCGUUGCAAAACGUCUGGCUCGGGUUCGUGUACAUAUAAAUAGGAGGAGGUGUCAUAAAAAAAGUAGAAGAACGUAGUUAGGUUAUUCUUCUUUCUUAAAUGUAAACAAAAUGCUUGUUUUUCCUCGUAUCCUCUGCCGUUUAAUUAUUAGACAGGUUAGGUUUUGACAAAUCUGUCGUCAUUCAUUCGAUAUGUGUUCGUUCCGUUCCCUCUUUCUUCCAAUUAGAAUCACUGGUUGAACCGCGUUGGAAUUUUGAAAAUUCUCGACGUUUCGGCUUCCACUUUGAAACUAUUAUUAAAAGAAGCGGUGGUUAUUCGUUCAUUGGUAAGAAGUGAUCCGAUUCCGUGGUCUUAAUCUGCCUACUCCACAAACGAUUCGCCCCUUUUUUGGUUUAUUCCAAGUCCUCAUUCAAAACAAAAAUAACACUUACACACUCACUGCUGGUAUUGAGCUUACUGGGGAUCUAGUCGCCUGUACCUUGUUAUUUUAGGAAACCUGUUGGGGGGUUUUGGUGAGCGUGGGAAGUAUAUUAUUGGUCGUUGCUCUCUAGUCUUCGUGUAUUUGAUGGAGGACCUCCUAGAUUCGGCAUAAGUCAGUGUAGAGCCAUAAUUGCUGUCAUAGUUCUCUUGCUUGUUUCUUCUAAUUGGUCCCCUUGUUUUUCACUCCCCUCACAAAAGUUACACCCGGGUAUUUUAGUCUUUAUCAAAAUAAUAGAAGUCGAAAAGUAGUUUAUAUUAAAAUAUAAUAAUUCUUUUUAAUCCAAUGUAGAAAAUUAAAAUGUAAAUUACUA